AUUCAAAUUCUCUCCAGAACGACCUCGUAUAUCACUUCCAUGUUAAAUUAUGUCUACAUACACAACACGGGAGGAAAAUAAAUAUAAACGCUACAUCAGUCUGUGCCGAAGUGGCGAGGCGUUGAGACGCCCGGCGUCACAAAAAUAUUUGUGUGGCGUAUAAAUCGGUGUGUGGUGGACGAAAACGAAGAAAUAAACGAGACGAGAAGACAAAUGUACGAACGGAAAAAGGAAAAGUCGAGGUGUCGCGUCUGACUGGAGACUAUGAUGGAAAUAGACAGAAUGUCUUACAUCUUUGGAAGUUUCGCCAGACGAAGGCAGAGUCAAGAAGUGGGGUCAAAACGGAAGUCGGUCGAGACGAAGAUCAGUCAUGACAGGUCCAAGUCGGCACCGCAUACUCCAAAGAAAUCGGUUGCGACGAGUCCAAGAGCGAGGAGUAUUUGUAAUUUCGUUAGUGAUGAAGGGAAGUUUAAGUGUCCGAUGUGUAGAAGACUGUUUGUCGAACCGAAAGUCCUUCCAUGUCUGCACACCUUCUGUUUGAGGUGCUUGCAAGAGCUGGACGCCAGUGACUGCAGUUGGUGUGACGAAGAAUCCGAUGAGUCGGCCGCCACCUCCGAAUCCCGCAAGGGCUCAGGUUCCGGCGGCUCGGGCUGCACCAGCGACAAAACCAGCACGCUCCAGAGCAGCUGCGUCAAGCGGAUUUGCUGUCCCACGUGCGGGGGGCGGGCGGAAGUCCCGUACGGCGGCGUGUCCCACUACCCCCCGAACUACCUCCUGCAGCACCGCAUGGUGCUGGCCACGCUCAACGCCCGCAGCACCCAUCUGCUUUGCGAUGUGUGCACUACGGAUGUCUCGGCGACCGCCAGGUGCAUGGACUGCGCCCUGAGCUUCUGUGACCACUGCGAGGAGGUGCACCUGAGGCAGAAGGCGGCGGCGGGCCACGAGGUGCUGUCGCUGGAGGAGGCGAGAAGGAAGGGCAUCACGAGGGUGAGGAGGCAGAUCAUGUGCAUGAAGCAUCCGGACGUGGAGUUGGGGCUGUUCUGUUCGACGUGUUGUCAGGUCCUGUGCCGAGAUUGCGUCACCUCCUCCCACCAAGGCCACCCCUGCGAGCCCGUCUCCAGAGCGGUCAAAACCCACCUGACAGACCUUCGCCUGGCAGCCGAAAGGGCCAAAUCCAUUGCCGAACAAUCAGCUUUAGCUGCAAAUCGCCUCCACGCAACCUCGAAAAAAAUCGAGUCUCAAUCCGGAAAAGUCCAAAUGGAGGUGGAAGAGUUCAUCGACAAGUACAUAAGGUCGGUCGAAGAACACAGAAACAACUUGCUCCAUCAAGUCACUCAGGUCAAGAACGAGAAGCUGCAAGAAAUCGGCAAACGCAAGUUGGCGCUGCACAAAAGGGUGCGGGAGGCGAGGGAUGUGGCGUUCUUCUUGGAGGAGUUGUUGAACGAAGGGACCGAUGUGGAAGUUAUGAGUUUCUUGAAGCCAGUGAUGAAUAAAGUGAAGAAGUGUGGGGCUAAGGGGGAUUUAGUGGAGGAUGUGAGUUUGGGGGGGAGUUUGCUGUUUUUGCCGGAGGAAGUGGUGCAGGAUUCGAAGGGGUGCUGUCCGUUGUAUGGGGUUGUUACAGCGCAGACGGUUGCGGCGGAGCAGUGCGUUAUACGUGCUGAAGGUUUGAACAACCUCCGCAUUGGCAAAAAAACCGAAGUCACCCUCGAAACCCGGGACCGAAACGGCAUUAAACUCGACCGUGGUGGUGACCAAAUCCUCGCAGACAUCCGCUACAGAGACACAGGAGUGUCCAAAUGCCACUUGGUAGACAUUGAAGACCACCGGGACGGUACCUACACGAUCUCCUUCGUUCCUGACAUAUCUGGUAAACUUCUCCUUAACGUCAACGUCAACGGACAGCCAAUCAAAGACAGCCCUUUUCCUUUGACCGUUCGAACGACAAAAUCCCAUCAUGGUAAUUUCCACUGCUGCAGUUUCUGUUCCAGUGGAGGAAGCAAAGAAGCUACUUGUGGUUGCGGGGGUAAAAUGCCCGGAGGGUACAAAGGGUGUGGUCAUGGGCAUGAAGGUCACCCAGGACGAAGACAUUGGUCGUGUUGUGGAAGCAUUCUAGAGCACUCGGAGUGUGCGAGGUCUAAUAAUCUUUCUCAUUACCAGUUUACGCUCUGAUUUCUGUUACUAAUGAAUCAGAAUCUUGUGCAUUCCGUGAGUUGUAAAGAAGAUUGAUGUCAUCGUGGAGUAGUGGAGGAUGAAUAUCUUUGUAACUAGAUGCAACUAUAUUGAGAUUUUAAUGUAAAAAUACCAAACGAACAAGUACAAAGAUGAUAUUUAUUUUACAUGUAAUGUAUUCGGUGUCUUCGUUUAAAAUAAAAUUAUGUAUCAAG